ACAUAUUGGGAAGUUUACAUAGUAAUCCUGAGGUUUUGGGUUUUCCACGUGGUAAAAAAUCCACGCGACCAAAUGCUUUCUGUGUGACCUUCUUAUCCAAAAAAUGUCAGCAAAUAUUAUCUUGGUGUUCCAGUCUAUUGCAUUCGAUGAAUUUCCAUUUUCCCAACUAAACUCUCUCUCUUAUCCUUACAAUUCCCCCAAUUUUCUUAAAGCCUUAACCUUAAAUUCCCAUAAUUGACAUCGAAUUCCAUAAAACCUAUCUACAAGGAUCACAAAAUCAAGCUCCAGAACAAAAGAGGACCUCGAUUUAUAAGAGGGCGAAAUUUUGGUUGUGCUUGAGCAGUGUUAUUUGCAGCGCGUAAAGGUACACGCUUAGACCAUACUGUUUAUGUGGUUGUGCAAGUAGUGUUGUUUCAUUUCUAAUCAAGGCAUUGUAAGUCACAUAAGGAUUAGACUUCUCAAAUAAUAUGAAAUAAUUAAUUGAAAAUUGUGAAUUUAUGUGUUUGUCACCCAAAGGGGUUGACGUUUGGUUAUGUUACCCAAAAGAGUUAACGUAUUGGUUUGGAUUAUUAUAAUUAUUGUUCCCAUGGCAGUUUUGGAUCAUUACGGUCACCAUGGGGGUAUGCAUACUUUAGCCUUUGGCGACCCGAACAGGACGGGCAACGUCUUAGAUCGGUGGUUGCCUUGGGAUUAGCUCUCCCAAGUGUAUUCCACCAAAUGAAUUGGUUUUAUACUUGAACGACCCGAACAGGACGGACAACGUUACAAGUUUGAAAUUACUUAAUAAUGAAUGGUUUAUACUUGAACGACCCGAACAGGACGGGCAACGUUACAAGUUGAGAUUAAAUAAUAAAAAUGUGUAGAGCCUGUGCAUGCUAGGAUGAACUUUCUGCUUGUAUUCAACCUGAUUGAUAUUUGUAUGAAUUCUCUGACGUGUAUUGGUUGUUUCUUUGGAACCUACUGGUGUUGUCUUACGACGACUGGUAGGUUGAUUGCAGGUGGGGUCGGGUGUGCGAUCUCGACGUAGAAACCGUAAUAAUCAAGACUAUGUUUUACCUUUGGUAUUAGAUUAUGAGUAGAAAGAAACUCUUAAUUAAUGUAACAAAAGAGAUAGUUUUCUUUUCGCUUCCGCUAUUUCGAUUAGUUUGUUUAGAGGCCUCUAGGCUCUCGAGUUGUACGUUAGAGCUUCCGCUGACUUAUUACCUUUCACAUUGGUUUUGUUUUCUGUUUAUCUAUAUUUCUUUAUCGAAGGAACGUUGACGAUCCUAGAGAAAAGUCUUCUCUAGAGUCAAAAAAGUGAAUUGGAAUUUGUAUUUUCAUAUGGAUUUCCGAGUCACUUAAACCGGACCGUUACAAUUGGUAUCAGAGCCAACGUUCCUCAGAUGAUAAAGGAAUAAACAACCUUAAUAGAGAGUUGGGAAGUAGUCGUUGGGACGUAAAUUGUUGGAAUGUGUUUGCGUUGUAGGUUGUUUGUGAUAGUAAUGUUUUGUUUGUACUUCCGUGUAGAAUCAGGAUUUAUGGAUAAGGGAAAAACACCCUUGGACUCACUCACCCCCGGGAAGUCUAGUAAGAUACCGAUGUUUGACCUAGAGACUGCCUGGAGAGAAGUCUCCAAUGCUGAUAUUUGGAAAAUAAGGGAUGGUGAAAGUAUCCGAGAUUAUAGGGAGAGGAUGCGUAUGGUUAAGGCAAAGGCUGAUAGGGUAUGUUAUGAUUUAGAUUUAGACCUAAAUGAGUUACGUCGUUUGUCCGAAUCUAGGAAAAAUGUAGAACCCGAGGAGGAGGGCGAGCCCCACAUAUCGGACGACGCUGAUGUGGUCAUGGAACCCUUGAAGGAGCGGAACCUACCCGACCCUCCACUAGUGGAAACCGAGGUUCAAUCGGAGAGUGAUGUCGAAAUGUGGGAGCCUAAGCGGGAACCACCUAAUUAUGUAGAGAUUUCCAGCGAAGAUGAGAGUGGCAAUUGGGGGUCGCACUAUGAUCUGUAUGGAUAUGGGACUGGGUUUGAUAGGGGUUGCUCAGAUGAAGAGGAUCCCGAAGAAGACAUGGAGGAAGUACCAAUAGACCACCCUAGGAAUAGUGAUAGUGAAUCAGAAGAUGCGCACUCGAACUCCAGCUCUGAUUCUGGGGAAGAUGCAAAUGAUGAGGACUUUGACUUAGCAAGCUAUGAUGAGAGUGCUGACACUUGGGACGCUUGGCGUUAA